GGUUCGUGUAAGCUUUUAUUAGGUUUUCCCUCUACUUUUAGCGCUAUAUAAACAAUAAUCGUCCUCUUCAGCCCCCUUCUCUUAGCUACUCUCCGACGAAUCACCGCCGUUACCCUCCAUAGAUACAAACCAUCGUGUAUUUCUAUAAAUCGCUCAGUACGUGUGCUCAAAUGCGCAUGAUACAAAGAAAGAAUCUAGAAACACAGGAAGACACUGAAACAUAUAUCUUUCCCCUUGUUAGAAAACCGAUAAGUAUCAUGUUAUACGAGCAGACUGUUUAAUCGAUCAUUUGGUGGCGUAUUUGUUCGAACACAGAUAAGCAGAGACAGACCUAGGGUUUUGAAAUUUGUGACAAAAAAGACGGAAGCAAGUGGGCAACUCCUACUGAAAAAUAGCUCACAGGGUUUUGAUUAAUUAGUCGGUUUAUACACACAGAAGGAGAUUGCAGAGAGCUUGUUUGUGAGAUUUUGAAAAAAAAAUGGAGGAUGCGAUACUUGACGAGAUUAUCAGGAAGCUUUUGGAUGCCAAGGGUGGACGUGUGCCGAAACAGGUGCAGAUCACGGAGGCGGAGAUUCGGCAGCUUUGUGUUACUGCGAAGGAGGUUUUUCUCAGCCAACCUAAUUUGCUCGAACUUGAAGCUCCUAUCAAGAUUUGUGGUGAUAUCCAUGGACAAUAUUCAGACCUCUUAAGGUUAUUUGAGUAUGGUGGAUACCCUCCAGAGUCAAAUUACUUAUUCCUAGGAGACUAUGUUGAUCGUGGGGAAACCACGAAUGUGCUUCCAUCAAUCGCAUAUAUGGCUUCUAUGAUGAAUGCAAAAGAAGGUUCAAUGAAUAUAGCACGCCCUGUUGAUGUCCCUGAUCAGGGGCUUUUAUGUGAUUUGCUAUGGGCUGAUCCUGAUAGAGAUGUGGAAGGCUGGGGAGAGAAUGAUAGAGGAGUAUCAUAUACUUUUGGAGCUGAUAAAGUUGCAGAGUAUCUUGAAAAACAUGAUCUUGAUCUUAUAUGUCGUGCUCACCAGGUGGUUGAAGAUGGGUAUGAGUUUUUUGCAAGCAGACAGUUGGUGACUAUAUUUUCAGCUCCAAAUUACUGUGGUGAGUUUGAUAAUGCUGGAGCAAUGAUGAGUGUGGAUGACACGUUGACAUGUUCCUUUCAAAUUCUCAAGGCAUCAGAAAAGAAAGGGAGGUUUGACUUUGGUAACAAUAUGUUAAGACCAGGAACUCCACCACAUAAGGGCGGAAAGAGAUGAUUAAUUUUCACAAGAAGCUGCGAAAUGUUAUAAAAAGAUGAUUAUGUUGUGUGUGGUUUCUUCAUAUGUUGUCUAGCGUGAUAUUGUUACUACAAAAGAAAAACAAAAACAAAGAGGCGGGAGAGUUGAUCGCAAAAAGUAAAAGAGAAAAGAACAGAAACAUGAAGGAAAAAAAGACAAAGGACAAAGGAGAAGGAAAAAAAGAGAGCAUGGGAAAACAAAAAAGCUGAAAUGAAAGAGGAAUCAGGAAUGGGACAAAGGAGAAGUAAAAAAGAAGAAAGGAAAAAGAGGGAGAUUUAUAUUUUAUUUCAUGUUCAUUCAAAUCACAACUCAUGUUAUAUGAGGACUUUUAGGCAUAUUUAUAGAAAAGUUAUUCACCAAAUAAGAAGGGAUGGUGUAUCACCUCAAAGAUGUUAUUAUAUG